AUGAGUGAACCAAAGCCAGGAGAAGCACUUAUUAAGCCAGAGUACCGGAAGGAACGUUGGUUUAGCGAUGCUGAAACAGCUGUCAAUGAUGACGAAGCAGAAGGUGCCUCUACGAUCGAACCCAAGAAGCAAAAGAAUGCUCGUGGUGCUAAUAAAGGACAAAGGGGGAAAAAGCGUAUUGAAGAUAGUGUCAGACUUUGUAAAUACGUGGCUGUUGAUGAAGAAUGCAAGAUUGGUGAAAAGUGUCGAUUCUCUCAUGACCUUGAAGCUUAUUUAGCCGCUAAGCCUGCUGAUAUCGGUAAUCGAUGUGUCAAUUUUGAUUUAUUUGGAAAAUGUUCGUAUGGCUAUAAAUGUCGCUUCUUGAGCGCACAUAUGGAUGAAAAUAAAAAACUGAUUGUAGAUGAGAAAAAGAUGGCAGAGAACAAUGUGUAUACAAUCAAUGGUAUCUCACACGAAACACAAGUUGCAUUGAAUCGUUCAAAAUACAAGUUCCCAAGAACAGAAGCAUAUAUGGCUACAGUGAAAGUAGAGAUUGCAGAGGAACAGGCAAUGAAGGACGCCAAUGCAUUAAAACGAAAACUUCAAUCAUCUUCCGAAGAGCAAAAGGGGAUCAAAAAGCAGAAGUCUGAUGAAUCUAAUGACAGCGAGGACGACGAAUUUUUUGAUGCCUCUAACGAGUUUACAAAUGUCAGCAUUGAACCAGCAGCAGCUGAAGCACCCACAAAUCAAGAAGAUAAGCCUAUAGGACCUAUUGAUCUUAAAUACAAAAAGAUUAUAGAUUUCAGAAACAAAACUUACCUUGCACCACUCACAACAGUCGGUAAUUUACCGUUCCGAAGAGUCUGUAAAGAAUAUGGAGUUGAUAUCACCUGUGGUGAAAUGGCUCUCGCAUUCAAUUUACUACAAGGUCAGCAAUCCGAAUGGGCGUUAACAAAGCGUCACAAAUCUGAAGAUAUCUUUGGUAUUCAAAUUUGUGGAUCAAAGGUUGAACAAGUGACAAAGGCUUGUGAAGUUUUGAAUAACGAGGUGGAUGUUGACUUCAUUGAUCUAAACAUGGGAUGCCCUAUUGAUUUAGUGUUUAAGCAAGGCGCUGGUUCAGCAUUGCUAGAUGCUAGAGGUCGUAUGUUUAAGAUAUUAAGAGGCAUGCAGACAGUGACUGAUAUUCCGAUCACGGCAAAGUUCAGAAUGGGUAUCAAAGACAACUAUCCAAUUGCUGACAGAGUUGUACCCAAGCUUGAAGAGUUGGGAAUUGCUUUAGGAUCUCUCCAUGGACGUUCUCGUGCACAAAGAUACACCAGAAAGGCAGAUUGGGAGUACAUUGGAACGAUGAAACAGUUGACAAAUAGCAUGCCAUUAUACGGUAACGGAGAUAUAAUGAGCUUUGAAGACUACAAUCGCUGCAAGGAAAUCAGUGGUGUGGAUGGUGUCAUGAUCGGUAGAGGUGCGCUCAUCAAGCCAUGGAUUUUUGAUGAAAUUAAAAACCAGAGACACUAUGAUAUCUCUGCUAAUGAGAGAUUUGAUAUGCUCAAGCGUUUCUGUGAUUACGGUUUAGAACAUUGGGGAUCAGAUAGUCAAGGUGUCAACAUCACUCGACGAUUCUUUUGUGAAUGGCAGUCAUUUUUGUACAGAUAUAUUCCAGUUGGCAUCCUUGAAAGACCUCCUCAACGUAUGAAUGAAAGACCACCUCCAUUCCAAGGACGUAACGAUCUGGAAACACUCAUGGCCAGCCCUCUCGCGUCUGAUUGGGUUAAGCUUAGCGAACUUUUCCUUGGUCCUGCACCAGAAGAUUUUAAAUUUGUACCAAAGCACAAAGCAAAUUCAUUUGAGUCUAUUCAGGUAUAA